CCUUUGUUUCCCCGAGCCCCUAUUUGGUCCGAUCGUCUAACGAUGGCAACAGAAGUGGUGUGUGGAUUGAUCUUUAGACUACUACUUCCCAUCUGUCUAGUCACUGCAUGUGCAUUCCGCUACAAUGGGCUCUCAUUCGUCUACCUCAUCUACCUUCUACUUAUUCCUCUCUUUUCCGAACCUACAAAAACAACAAUGCAAGGGCACACAGGACGAUUAUUAAAAUCCUUGUGUUUCAUGAGUCUAACAUUUCUGCUUCUGCAUAUCAUCUUUCAAAUCACAAUAAACAGCCUCGAGGCUGCUAACACUAUUGAACCUGGUUAUCAUUGUUUGACAUGGGAAAAAACACUACGGCAGAUUGGAUUUGAAAGUGUCAAAGGGGCAGAUGCGGGCAAUGGGAUCCGGAUUUUUGUUCCUGAUAUCGGUGUGUUCAUUGCAAGUCUGACCAUAUGGCUCGUCUGCAGAAACAUUGUGCAAAAGCCAGUGCAGGAGGAUUCAGGACAGUACAAUGCACAGUUUGAAAGUGAAGACAUGAAUGAAGGAGAGAGAAUAGAGGCAGAAGAUGCAUUAAUAGAUGAAGAUCUGGAUGAUGCAGAAUGUGGGAAAGAGGAAUUUGAAGAAACCACAAAAUUAAAACUGCUGCGUAGAAUUGCCUCAAUAGCUUCCAAAAUGAAGGAAAUUAUUGGCAACAUUAUAACCACAGCUGGAAAAGUUGUUGUUACGAUUUUACUUGGUACAACAGGAAUGAUGUUGCCAUCACUGACUUCGGCUGUGUAUUUCUUUUUAUUUUUGGGCUUGUGUACAUGGUGGUCAUGUUGCCGAGUAUUUGAUCCGCUGAUAUUCAGCUGUCUCUGUGUCCUAAUGGCUAUAUUCAGCGCAGGCCACUUAAUCGGACUUUACCUGUACCAAUUACAGUUUUUUCAGGAGAUUAUUCCACCAGGUGACUUUUAUGCCAGGGUUGACAAGUUUGAGAGCAAAGAUGUGCCUGAUGAUGACAAAUUUGGUAGCAGAGAAGAAGACACAGACUGCAGUGAAGUUCAACUGUCUGCAAAGCAAAGACGCAGAUUAUGGAGUGCAAGCCACUAUGGAACUGAUGAGAGAAAAGUCCUCUUGGUGACUGUGAAUGGUACACCUGUUGAUUUUGAUUAUCGCAACAAACAUUCUUUGCGUCCCAUAGAGAAUGGGCCUGCCAAGGCAGAUAUGUACUCCAGACCACAGUACAAAUGGGACCCAUCAGUUGAUGACUCAGAAAAGAAAGAGGAGGAAGAAGAGGAGGAGGAAGAGGAGGAAGAAAAUAUUGAAGAAGAAAAAAAUUCUAAAGUUCAUGCAAUGGUCACAGUUUUUCAUUUUAUCAUGAAACAAAGUUAUGUGUGUGCUUUGAUUGCCAUGAUGGCCUGGAGUAUUACUUACCACAGUUGGUUAACCUUUGUGAUGCUGAUAUGGUCAUGUAUACUUUGGAUGCUGCGUGACCGAAGGAAAUACGCUAUGAUCAGUUCACCUUUUAUGGUGACUUAUGGAAACCUGUUAUUAACAUUACAAUAUAUAUGGAGCAUUGAACUGAACGAUGAUGAACUUCCUCAGGUUUCAGGAUUUCUAGAACGGAAAGCUCCUACAGAAUUAGCAUCAAAAAUUCUUUUUGCAAUUACUUUCUGGCUACUGCUUAGGCAGCACCUCACUGAACGAAAAGCUUUGCAAUUAAAGGAAGUUGUUUUAUCAGAGGUCAAAGUUGGAGCUGAAGAGAGUGAAGAAAAAGAAGAGGAAUCACCAGAUGAUGAAGAGGUAUCCCAAAAAGAGGAGGAGGAGGAGGAAGAUGAGGAGGAGGAAAAGGAACCUGAGGAAGAAGAAGAAGAAGAUGUAAUGAAAGUUCUAGGAAAUCUGGUGAUGGCUAUGUUCGUAAAGUACUGGAUUUAUGUCUGUGGAGGAAUGUUCUUCUUUGUCAGCUUUGAGGGGAAAAUUGUCAUGUACAAGAUCAUCUAUAUGAUGCUGUUCUUGUUCUGUGUAGUCCUGUAUCAGGUGCACUAUGAAUGGUGGCGGAAAAUUCUAAAAUAUUUUUGGAUGUCAGUGGUGUUUUACACUAUGCUAGUGCUUGUUUUCAUCUAUACUUAUCAGUUUAAAUCAUUUCCUACACUGUGGAAAAACAUGACCGGAAUGAAUGAUGAACAACUAAAGGAUCUUGGCUUAGAGCAAUUUUCUGUUGCAGAUUUGUUUACCCGCAUCUUUAUUCCAACCUCCUUUCUGUUAGUGUGCAUAUUGCACCUGCAUUACUUCCAUGACCGUUUUCUUCAACUCACGGAUUUAAAAGCCAUAAUCAGCAAACAGGACAGCGCUAUUUACAGGUUGGUGCACCAGGAUGGAAGCCUGCCAGAUAUCACAAUCAUGGAUUUAAAUCCCCGCAUGGUCAAGGAAGAGGGAAAACUGCUUAGAGAGCAGGAAAAAAUAUUACAGGAGCAGGGGGAAAUGUUGCACGAGCAGGAAGAAAGCAUAAUGGAACAGAGAGAGCAAGAGGAAGAGGAGGAGGAGGAUGGAAAAGAGGAAGAUGAUGAAGAGGAGGAAGAAGAGGAGGAGGAAGUGGAUCAUGAAGAAGAUGAUGAUGAGUCGGAGACAGAAGACUUAUCAGAUUUAAGAAACAAAUGGCAUUUGGUAAUUGACCGCCUCACUGUACUUUUCUUGAAGUUCCUGGAAUGCUUUCAUAAGCUGCAAGUUUUCGUGUGGUGGAUUUUGGAGCUGCACAUAAUCAAAAUUGUUUCAUCAUAUAUUAUUUGGGUCACAGUAAAAGAGGUAUCUCUCCUUAACUAUGUGUUUUUGAUCGCCUGGGCAUUUGCUUUGCCAUAUUCUCAGUUCCGCCCACUGGCAUCUAGUAUCUGCACUGUCUGGACUUGUGUGAUUAUCAUUUGCAAAAUGUUGUACCAGCUUGAAUCGAUCAAUCCUGCAUCAUUUUCUGUCAACUGCACAAUGCCCAAUGCAUCUGAAAAGCAAGAAGGUCUGAACGAAUCAAUUCUCUACAGAAAACCCAUUGAUCCAACUGAGUGGGUUGGAUUAAAAAAGUCUUAUCCACUGCUUGUAUACUUGAGGAAUAACCUAUUGAUGCUGGCAAUUCUGGCCUUUGAAGUUACUAUUUACCGACAUCAGGAAUACUACAGAUGCCGAAACAAUCUCACUGCACCUGAGACCAGAACAAUUUUUCAUGAUAUUACCAGAUUACAUUUGGAUGAUGGAGUAGUUAGCUGUCUUAAAUACUUCAUAAACUACUUCUUCUACAAGUUUGGUUUGGAGAGCUGUUUCCUACUGGCAGUAAAUGUAAUUGGUCAACGAAUGGAUUUCUAUGCCAUGAUUCAUGCCUUUGCCUUAAUUGCUGUUUUGUAUCGACGGAGAAGAAAAGCCAUUGCAGAAAUCUGGCCAAAGUACUGCUGCUUUCUAUCCUGCAUCAUUACAUUUCAGUAUUUCAUUUGUAUUGGCAUUCCCCCUGCUCCUUGUAAAGAUUAUCCAUGGAGAAGUCCUAAUGCCAACUUCAACUCUAAUAUCAUCAAAUGGUUAUACUUUCCUGAUUUUAUUGUUAAACCAAAUGCAGUCUUUCUUGUCUAUGAUUUCAUGCUGCUGCUCUGUGCAUCCCUACAAAGGCAGACAUUUGAAGAUGAGAACAAGGCUGCUGUACGUAUCAUGGCUGGAGACAAUGUGGAGAUCUGUAUGAACCUUGAUGCAGCUUCCUUUAGCCAACAUAAUCCUGUCCCUGAUUUUAUUCAUUGCCGAUCCUAUCUGGAUAUGGGUAAAGUGAUAACAUUUAGUUACCUCUUCUGGUUUGUUCUCACCAUCAUCUUUAUAACAGGAACCACUCGGAUCAGUAUAUUUUGUAUGGGCUACCUAGUAGCCUGCUUUUACUUCCUACUCUUUGGAGGAGAUCUGUUGCUCAAACCUAUCAGAAGCAUCCUCCGCUAUUGGGACUGGCUGAUAGCUUAUAACGUCUUUGUGAUUACAAUGAAAAAUAUAUUGUCAAUAGGAGCAUGUGGCUACAUCCAUUCCUUACUUCACAACAGUUGUUGGGUGAUUCAAGCAUUUAGCCUGGCCUGCACAGUUAAGGGUUAUAAAAUCCCUUCAGAUAAAGAUAUAGACUGCAAAUUACCUAGUGGGGAGGCUGGAAUCAUCUGGGACAGCAUUUGCUUUGCCUUCCUGUUGCUGCAAAGAAGAGUCUUCAUGAGUUACUAUUUCCUCCAUGUGGUUGCAGAUAUUAAAGCAUCGCAGAUUUUGGCAUCCAGGGGUGCUGAACUUUUCCAGGCCACAAUUGUGAAGGCUGUAAAAGCAAGAAUUGAGGAAGAAAAAAAAUCAAUGGAUCAGCUGAAGAGACAAAUGGAUCGUAUCAAAGCCAGGCAACAAAAAUAUAAAAAGGGUAAAGAAAGGGUGAUGAGCAUGAACCAAGAAGCCUCAGAUGGGCAAGAAAUUCAAAAGGCUGCCGAAGAUGAUGAUGAUGAUGAUGAAGCAGACAAAGAGAAAACCAAGGGCAAAAAAAAGCAGUGGUGGCGGCCUUGGGUUGAUCAUGCUUCCAUGGUCAGAAGUGGAGAUUAUUAUUUGUUUGAGACGGACAGUGAGGAAGAGGAAGAGGAGGAAAAAAGAGAUGAAGACGAACCACCCAGAAGAUCAGCGUUUCAGAGAGCUAUUGCGAAAUUUGCUUCAGCCAUUUUAGCCUUGCCAAAGUCUAUUAUUAAACUGCCCAAAACUAUUCUUCAGUAUUUAAUCAGAGCUGCAAAGUUUGUUUAUCAGGCAUGGAUUACUGAUCCUAAAACUGCCCUCCGACAGAGGCGCAAAGAGAAGAAAAAAUUUGGGAAAGAAGGGAAACAAAGGUGGAAAGGAUCUGGAGAUGAUAACAUUAUCAAAAGACUGUAUAAUAUCUUGAAGUUUACUUGGGUUCUUUUUCUGGCAACAAUAGACAGUUUUACAGCUUGGCUCAAUUCAAUUUCAAGAGAGCACAUUGAUAUUUCCACUGUGCUAAGAAUCGAAAGGUGUAUGCUUACAAGAGAAAUCAAGAAGGGAAAUGUUCCAACUCGAGAGAGUAUCCAUAUGUAUUACCAAAACCAUAUAAUGAAACUUUCUAGGGAAUCAGGAUUGGAUGAAAUUUAUGAUGCUGGACAGGCUGAGAGGACAGCAAGUCUAGAAUCAGCACCUUCUCGUGACAGUGAAUCUAGCUGCUGCACUGAAGCAACCACGCUGUUGUUGUCAAGGCAGUCAACCCUUGAUGAUUUAGAUGGACCAGACCCCAUUCCUAAAACAAGUGAGCGUGCGCGACCUAGGCUCCGUAAAAUGUACAGCAUGGAUGUGUCCUCUUCAUCAGCUGACAGUGGCAGUAUAGUGUCAAGUGAGGCAACCCAAAUCACCAUGCUGUAUUCCCGUCAGGGAACAGCAGAAACAAUUGAAGAGGUUGAAGGGGAGGAGCAUGAAGAAGGAGGGGCAAAUGCUGUAUCCAGACAGGAGCAUGACAUGGAAGUUUAUAGCAUGGAUUCUGAAGGAGCUGCAUACACAUCUGAUACAGAUAUGCCAUCCUAUUCUGCUUUGGAUAGCAUUGCUGAACCCCCUCCUUCAUAUAGCAAAGCUGUGAGCCUGCAACUUUUUCCUUUAGAUGUUUCUCAAGAUGGUUCCUCUGACAAAAACCAGAUGAUGGUCAGUCCAGAUGAAAAUCAAUCUGAGAAACCAGAGGAUUCAAUACUGCCUCCCUUGACGCAUGAACUGACUGCAAGUGAACUACUCCUUAACAAAAUGUUCCAAGAUGAGGAACUGGAUGAGUCAGAAAAAUUCUACUCUGAUCAACCUCGCUUCUUACUGCUAAUUUAUGCUUUAUAUAAUACACUUGUAGCACGUUCAGAAAUGGUGUGUUACUUUGUGAUUAUUCUUAAUCAUAUGGUCUCUGCCUCCGUGAUUACUCUUGUGCUUCCUAUCCUGAUAUUCCUUUGGGCCAUGCUCUCUGUCCCAAGGCCUAGCAAACGUUUUUGGAUGACGGCUAUAGUCUACACUGAGGUGACCAUAGUUAUAAAGUAUUUUUUCCAGUUUGGAUUCUUUCCUUGGAAUAAACAAAUAGAAAUCACAAAAGAUAAACCCUAUUAUCCUGCUAAUAUUAUUGGUGUUGAGAAGAAAGAGGGUUACGUGCACUAUGACCUUGUUCAGCUACUUGCUUUGUUUUUCCAUAGAUCCAUUUUAAAGUGUCAUGGACUGUGGGAUGAAGAAGAUGGAGGAGAUAACUGCAGUAGUAGAGAUGACUCUGAUGAUGAGUUGGUGGACUCAGACAGGAGAGGUUCUGCUGCCUCUUUGACAUCAGUCAAUUUGGAAGCAUCUGUCGAAUCCAUACAUGUCCAUUUCCCAGAGCAGCAGACUGCCAUCCGCAGGAAAAGUUCAAGCAGUGGCUCCCAGCUGUCACAUAGAUCUAGCUACUCCUCUCAUCGUUCCAAAAGAGGCACUACCAGCACACGGAACAGCAGUCAAAAAGGAAGCAGUGUGCUAAGCAUAAAACAAAAAUCAAGGAAAGAACUUCUUAUGGAAAAACUACGAGAGCAAAUUAUCAUCGCUAAAGCAUUUACCAUCAAAAAGACACUUCAAGUAUAUGUGCCCAUCAAACAGUUUUUCUACAAUCUUAUCCACCCAGAUUACAGUGCUGUGACAGAUGUUUAUGUCCUGAUGUUUCUUGCUGAUACAGUGGACUUCAUUAUCAUUGUGUUCGGAUUCUGGGCUUUUGGGAAACAUUCUGCAGCAGCAGAUAUUACCUCUUCAUUAUCAGAAGACCAAGUGCCAGAAGCAUUCUUAGUGAUGGUGCUAAUUCAGUUUGGAACCAUGGUAGUGGAUCGAGCACUGUAUCUGAGAAAGACAGUCAUGGGGAAGGUCAUCUUCCAGGUCAUCCUUGUCUUUGGUAUACACUUUUGGAUGUUCUUUAUCUUGCCCUGUGUGACAGAAAGGAAAUUUAGCCAAAAUACAGUUGCACAACUGUGGUAUUUUGUGAAAUGUGUUUAUUUUGGAUUAUCAGCAUAUCAGAUACGUUGUGGCUACCCUACCCGGGUACUUGGCAAUUUCCUCACAAAAAGUUAUAAUUAUGUAAACCUCUUCUUAUUUCAAGGGUUCCGUCUGGUACCAUUCUUAACUGAGUUGAGGGCAGUAAUGGACUGGGUUUGGACAGAUACCACAUUAAGUCUUUCUAGCUGGAUUUGCGUUGAAGAUAUUUAUGCUCAUAUAUUCAUCCUAAAGUGCUGGCGAGAGUCUGAAAAACGAUAUCCCCAGCCGAGAGGUCAGAAGAAGAAGAAAGUUGUGAAGUAUGGAAUGGGUGGCAUGAUCAUUGUCUUGCUGAUCUGUAUAGUUUGGUUCCCACUGCUCUUCAUGUCUCUAAUCAAAUCUGUUGCAGGCGUCACAAAUAAGCCACUUGAUGUAUCAAUAACAAUCACUUUAGGAGGAUAUCAGCCUAUUUUUAUGAUGAGCGCACAGCAGAGUCAACUAAAAAAUAUGACAGGAGAGCAAUACAGAAACUUCCUUUCCAAUUUUAAGAGGAAUACUGCUGCUUUACAGUUUCUAGAAAACUAUGGUAUGGAAGAUAUAACAGUUGCACAGCUAGAAGGAAAUUCAAAUUCUUUAUGGACUAUCAGCCCUCCCAGCAGGGAAAAUAUGAUUAAAGAACUCAGCACAAGCACUACUGAUUUUUCUAUAGUCGUUUCAUGGAGUAUUCAAAGAAACCUCUCCCUCGGAGCAAAAGCAGAAAUAGCUUCAGAUAAAGUAUCUCACAUCCUUCCAAAAGAAACAAGAAUAGACAUCGCUAAGAUGAUGGAAAAUCCAGAAUUAUUUGCAAAUAAAUUUGUGACACUAACGGAAAUAUAUCCACAUUAUGUCAAGGCCCCUAGUGAUUCCCUUGCAAAACCCAUAAAGCAACUCUUGACAGAUGGGAAAUAUAAAGACAUCAGUGUUUCACUGUCCAGUAAUAACCAGUCCGGUGAACAUCGUGAAUGGUGGGUUCUAAACCAGUCAAACAAAUUUUCAGAACGAGACAAGACGAAUCUGGAGCUUAUUGUAUUCAGUGACAAAGUUAGCCCUCCAAGCCUUGGAUUCUUAGCAGGCUAUGGCAUCAUGGGAUUGUAUGCUUCAGUUGUCUUGGUAAUAGGAAAAUUUGUCCGUGAGUUCUUCAGUGGGAUCUCUCACUCCAUCAUGUUUGAAGAGCUUCCUAAUGUGGAUCGUAUCCUAAAAUUGUGUACUGAUAUCUUCUUAGUCCGGGAGACUGGUGAAUUGGAACUGGAAGAAGACCUGUAUGCCAAAUUAAUAUUCCUGUACCGCUCACCAGAGACUAUGAUCAAAUGGACUAGAGAAAAAACCAAUUGA